AUGAAGAAGUUGUUCGUUCUUGGUUUGGAGGUAGAAAUGAAAGAGAAUUUGCAUGUUCGCUUACUUUUAUUAAAAAGUGUCAGUUCUGUAGUCAAAGUUGUCGUUGGUGCUGCGAUUUCUAGUCUCAAACUUCCUCCACCAAACACAACUCUCGAGCUGAAGUUCAAGUCAUAUGAAGAAGCAGUUUAA